AUGUACUAUUUGAGGUGCACAAUGAUUGGCCCGAAAAGUAUGACGUCACUCCCCCUAUAAAUAAGAGAUGCGCGCAGGAAUAUAUCAUUCUUCUGUGUGUUGGCCCUCCGGCUCGUCUGAAGCCAGCAGCGUGCGUCCUUCAUCGCCCCAGCGCAGAAAACUUGCCGGGAAAAAGGCCACGUCGUUGCCGGAAAAAGGCCAGGAGAAUGCCGGCGGGAGACUCGCUACUACACGAUACGGUGCCGCAGCUCAAGCUCGUGACGGCAGCUCGUACUCUCCCGGUUCUCAGGAACCGGGACGUGCUGGUUCACGCGUGGCGUUCUCCCCCACCCGUAACGACCCUUGUAAGAAGUUUCGGACUUCAGGGAUCUUCAGAUGCGGCAGGUACGACAAAAGAUGUAGCAGCGAGUGGUGGCGCAAGAACAGCAGCCUGUCAGCCUCUCUUAGGCCCCCUCACCCUCCUCGCCAUUCCGGACACUUAAGUGCCACAAGGAAAGGACAGCUCAUGAAGACGGUACAGCCCGGGCAGGCACCGGCGAGUGCCGCGGGUAGAGCUCACGAAGAUGGUAAGGCCCGGGCAGGCACCGGCGAGUGUCGCGGGUAGAGCUCACGAACGACGAAGAUGGUAAGGCCCGGGCAGGCA